AUGAUGAAUUCUGAAGUUACCAAGUUUCUAGUAUCUUUCAAUGGUCAAAUAGAGCAUAUUAAAUUUCCUGCAGGUGUUUUUGAUAAUCAACUUUAUAUACAAUAUGAUAUCGUGUGGGGUCCAGAUUGGGACCCUAUAUCUGGACUGUGUUCUGGAACCAGUCAACUUGCCACAUCUGGAAGGGAUCCUGAAAAAGUAAUAUUUAAUUUGCCAUUAGAUACUGUAUUUGGCAGUACCAAUGUAUAUGGUUGGCCCCAAUUAAUUGUGACAGUAAGAGCUAAGAGUUUCUUCAUGGGUGACACUCUCCGAGGAUAUGCUGUCUUUUUACUACCACCAAUAACUGGAUCCCAUGAGUUAAAAUCAUCUUUAAUACGACCUCGGUCAGCAACAGUUUUAGGAGAAUGGUUAUCAUGGCUGACAGGGAGACAUCCUGAAUUGGCUGACCCAAAAAUGCUAGCAAAUGGAAAAGAUAACUAUUUAUUGCGGACAGAGUCAUAUGGAAGUGUUACAUUGAAAAUGUCAAUGCUGUCUAAGGAUUUAAGGAAACUUGGUUAUGACAACCAGCCACCAACUUGGAAAAAUAAUGUUGCUUAA